CGUGAAAGAGAUCAUCCGCACUUUAAAUGUCAUGACCCCCGAAAGACGUUUGCAUGGUAUUGCUUGGCUGUACUGCUGGUUGCUACCGCGCACAAGUGUCCAACCAUGGUUUGCCGUCCGCUUCGGUGAAGCGUCAGUCAUUGUUCGCUUUGAUGAGUGGCUGCCACGCAUGGCCACGCUGAUGCGCCGUGAAGGCUUUCAAGUGACAAUGGAGAAUGAUUUAAACGAUGGAACCAUAUUCGCCUGUUUCCUCGCUCGAGACCUGGCGGACCAAUUGCAAGAACAACACCUCGAGGCGUUCGUGGCCAUGUGGCCGGGUGUUCCACUUGUCAUGAUGCAUACCACGGAGCCACGACUGAUGUUCAGCUUGCUGCGUGCACUGAGCGACUCUGUGGAUCGAGCACCGAUGCUCGCACUCAACGUGCCACCUGGAAACCUUCAUGCGGGGUUUCACUAUUGCCUGUUGGAGCUAGGAAUAGAGCUGUCAAAGGGCACCCUCGAGGUUCCAGGUAUAGCUUUAGCCACUGGACUCCCCAGUCCACGAAUCAAUGAGGUGGUGAUGCAACAGUGCAUAGAAGAUUGGAAUGCUGCUGCCGAAGCACUGAGGGAUCGUCUACAGUCAUGAGUGGACCAAUGGGAUGGAACUUGCAUGCAAAUUGAAGGCCCCAAUCUUUUGGACAAGCUGUGCAAUGUCUAUGUGUAUGGUAAAGUCUUGAUUUGAUUUCUACUCACUGGAAUAGACUAUCAUGCGGUAGAAAAACAUUAAAAUGAACAGAUCUCGAAGCAUUAGUUUGAAGGAAUUUCAGUCUAGUAUGCUGUCCUAUUUGCAGAAAAUAAUUUCUUGUUACCGAACAAUACUUAGCUGUGAUAUGUACAUACGCUAUUUCUCCAUUCACUACCUAUGUUGAUCAAAAUUGCUUGCUCAGAGAUAUUUAGUCUAUGUUAUCAGAUAAUAUUUAAAGUCUGUUGAAGAUUUUUAGAAAAAAGGUUAGGUGAUCUUUUAUUGCUUUUUAUUUCUAAGUAUGUUUUUUUUUUUACUUGGGUUAUCAGUGCUUUAAACCAUCUUUGUAAGUCACUCUUUUUUUUUUUGUCACCUGAUGCAAAGUAAGUGCUUUGCCAAUGUGCACAUGUUUUCAUAUUUCACAUUGUUAUGCCAAAAAUAACUGCAUAUGCUCAUUCCAUUUUACCGCACCAGCAGUUACCAGUUUGUGCACAAAUCGUCUGUGUACUGCUUGUUUUUGAAACAGUGUUAUGAAAGAGAAGACUGCAAAGUAAGUGUUAGAAAAUUCAGCACAAAGCAGUGGCCUUCGGACUGACUUUUGUUCCAUUUCUCAUUUGUGAAAUUUAGUGACUCAUAAUGUCAAAACGGUUACACACUUGGGGACUUUUCCAGCUCUUGUUUGUAUUGUAAGUGACUAUGUUAUUGUAUGUUUAUUGUAUGUUUAUUUUCAUGUUCUGACUUAGCCGGUACCAAGUGUGUUGGCACUUUCUAAUUUAUUGUGAACAGAGUUCUUUAC